AUGUUCCGCAGAUUUGUCUCUACAGUGUCUGUGGAAUAUGUCAACUCUCCCACGUUUAGCUUACCCCGAGGCUCGAUGCUAGUUAGUGGCAUACAGCCAACGGGGGCUUUCCAUCUCGGAAAUUAUCUCGGAGCUACGAAGACCUGGCACACGAUAGCCCGAAAACUCGACCCUUCGUCCCAAAUGGUUCUCUUUAUCGCCGAUCUGCACUCCCUCACUGUGCCCCAGAACUAUUCUGUUUUGAAAAAGCAGAGAUUCGAGGCAUAUGCGUCUCUGUUGGCCUGCGGCCUAGAUCCUGCAAAAGUUACAAUAUAUCAUCAAGCUGCCGUGCCCGAACACACGCAGCUGCAAUGGGCACUGACCUGUUUUGCUGGUAUGGGACUUCUCAACCGGAUGACGCAAUGGAAGGCCAAAGCAGAUCUGAAAAACGAUGCCCAGAUACAGAAUGAACUGGGAGCUGUCAAGCUCGGGCUAUUUGCAUACCCCGUGCUAAUGGCUGCCGAUGUGCUGCUAUUCAACGCUACACAUGUCCCUGUGGGCCAGGACCAGGCGCAGCACCUGGAGCUCACAAGGGAUCUUGUGUCUGCGUUUAACAAACAGACCAAGACCAAGUUCUUCCACUAUCCAAAAACCCUGAUGGCACCUUCCAACAAAAUUCUGAAUCUGAGAGAUCCGUCAAAAAAAAUGUCCAAGUCCGAUCCCGACGAGCUCACAAAGAUAACCAUCACAGAGGACCCGAAGUCCAUGAGAAUGAAAAUCAUGAAAGCCACCACAGACUCCAUAGAUGGACCCUUGACAUUCGAUCCGGAGCAGAGACCAGGUAUUUCUAAUCUGAUCACCAUUUAUUCGGCUAUUGCGAACCAAACGAUAGAGGAGACAGUGCCGCAGAUCAAGGAUUUGUCCAAGCGAGAUCUGAAAGAGCUUGUGGCCGAAGCGGUGGUGAAAGAGCUGCAAGAGCCUAAUAGAGUUUACAAAGAGUUAAUGUCCUCACCAGAUCUGCUCCAUAAAUUGAGUUUGGAAGGAGCAGACAAAGCACGAGCCGUGGCCAGCAAAAACUUGAAAGAGGUGUAUAAAAUCCUUGGCAUGGAUAUGGAGAAGUGA